UUAGGAUAAAUUACCCUGAUAAAAUUGCCUAGCCCAGUAAGAAGAAAUUUAAGAAGAAGAAGAUUCGAAAACCUAAAGUAAAUUAAUUUUUUAAAUGUAUGUGGCGUUUCCGCAUUGUACUAAAAAAUAAUUAAGUAAAAAAUGGCGGAAAUUGAUUAUCAAACCGCCUUGCUCCUUCAACAUCAGUUCGAGCGGGAAUAUCAAAUUUCUACCUCCGAUUACAAGUUGGCUCUCCAACUUCAGGAGCAAUUCAGAAAGGAAGCUGGUGAUGUUACUAGUGGAAACAGUUCCGAUUACCAUUUGGCAAGGGAAUUGCAGGAACAGUUUAAAAAAGAACAUGAGAUUGAAAGACCGCGAAACGCUUUAGUGUAUGAAAAGUCUUGCCAAAAUGAUCCAUCAAAAUGUCUGGUCGAUCCUUCAUGGGAGGUGAUAGAUCCUACUCCUGAUGUCCAUGUUCUAUUUAUGGCAUUCAAUGAAAGAUUUUUUUGGGGUACCCUUGCAUCGGUGGUAGUAUCAUGGAGCACGCGAAUGACUAUGUGUGCUGGGGUUUGUUCCUAUCAAGGAAGGGGAGGCAUGUGCUCCAUUACACUCAGUGAGCCUUUGCUAAAGCUUAGACCUAGGAAGGAUUUAGUUGAAACUUUGCUCCAUGAAAUGAUCCAUGCAUAUUUGUUUAUCACUCAUAAUAAUAGGGAUAGAGAUGGACAUGGGCCAGAAUUUCACAGGCAUAUGUACCGCAUUAACCAAGAAGCUGGGACGAAUAUAUCAGUUUAUCACGAUUUUCAUGAUGAAGUUCGAUUGUAUCAACAGCAUUGGUGGAGAUGCGAUGGUCCAUGUACUCAGUGGAAACCCUAUUUUGGAAUGGUGCGGCGCGCUACCAAUAGAGCACCAGGAUCCUAUGACCGUUGGUGGGAGGACCAUAGGAGGAAAUGUGGAGGAACAUUCAUCAAGGUCAAGGAACCCGAGAAAAAUAAAAACAGUAAAACAAUUAACAAGGUAAAAACGAAGGAAAAGGACCCAAUUAAUCUCAUGGGUGAUAUUCGCAAGUACAUAUCUCAAACUAAUACAAAUUCUCAAACUAGUAAUGGCAAAUCUUCGAAUCAAAAGGCGAAAAAAGAAAAUAAACCUAAUACUAGUAGUUCAAAGUCAGUGUCCAAGACGCCAAAAAAAUCACAGAUAGUCCAUGGGGAUUAUCGGGGUGUGAAUAUUAGUAAUGUCGUUUCAUCCGUUUCACCAAACAUCUUCGGCUUUACAAAUCUAAAAAGUGCAGGGAAAAGUGGUACGAUUUUAGUACAUAAAAAAUCGUCGUCAACAAGUAAACUUCAAGACUGCACUAACAAUAGGAAAACAUCUACUGAAAAUGAGAACACUCUAGUAUCCAAAAAGCCAGUUGAUAAUGAAGACUAUGCGGCAGUUCGAAAUCAUUGGCUCAGAAAAUUCGACAAUGCCACUAGCGAGGUAAGCGGCAAAAAGAGAACUAACCCAUCGCCUAUCCAAACAGAACCAACAAAAAUUCUAAAAAUUUUAAAGGAAGUUGAAUGUCCUGUUUGUGGAUUGCAAAUAAGUGCUGACGAUUUGAACUUCCAUCUCGAUACUUGUCUCAAACAAAACGAUGACAUUUUCGUCGUUGAAAAUGAUGUAGUUGAUGUAACAGAGGACAAAAAAUGUCCCGUAUGUAAAGCCGCCUUAAACUCCAAAGAAUAUGAUAACCAUGUGGAAGGGUGCUUGAUGACCAUGAUAGAUAGUAUUGAGAAGGAAUAUGAACUCCCAAGUAAGAUAACAACUUGUUUAGCUUGCGACAAGGAAAUUUUAAAAUCGGAAUUAGAUGUGCAUUUAGAGGAUUGUUCGAGCAUGACGAGUGUUUUUGAUACCAGUAACAUGAUCAUUGAAGAAAGUCCUUCGAAAGAUGGCGACAAAGACGAUUGUUGCAACUGUCCGUUUUGCUUAAAAUUGAUUCCCGAAUCGCAGAUGCGGUCGCAUUUGGAUUGUUGUUUAAACGAAAUAGACGAUUCUCCUGAAAUACAAGAAAAUAAAAGUGUGAUUGAUUUGCUUUUUAAAGAUUCAUUUUAAUGAUUUGUUAAUAUUUCUUGUUUUUGUAAUUUUUAAAUAAACGUAAUAGUCAGUUGACAAUUUUUUGACUUGCAAAUAUUAAAUGUGUUGCCGCAUUGAGGUUCUUUAUUUUUAUUGGUCAAAAACCGCUGGGAUUAUUUGGGCAGUUUACCACUAUAGUUCAACUUCAAGGCAACUUAGGUUAACGAUUUCGUUAAC